UUAAUUUUUCAAUAGAAUAUUUUUCUUAUUAAAGAACAAAAACCUCUCAAGGUUCAGUAAUGAGAAUAACAGAACUUUUUUUUUAUAGAAGGACGGCAGUAAUUUUGCUAUCAGUUGUAUCAAUAUGGGGAGUUUUUUACUUAAAUAAUAAAAUAAAAGAUGUUUUUUUGGAUAUGAACAUAAAAAAUGAUAAGCAUUACAAUUAUUUUAACAAAGUUUUUAACCAAACAAAUGAAGAAAAUGAUGAAACAAGUUCUAUAUCAACCAAGAUGAAAGAAUACUUCCAGCUUAAACCAACUUUAGUUCAAACUACAAAAAUUCCAUUUGAUUAUCUUGCAAAAGAAAAUGAAGCACUUUCUCACAUUAUAUUUGAUUACGUUGAAAAAGAUAACACAGUAACUUAUACAUUACUAAUUAUUAUAUCUUCUCACGUAAAUAACAGAAAAAGAAGAGAUCGGAUUAGAGAAUCUUGGGGAAGUAUUUUUAAUUGGGUAACAGUUAAAAAGUAUUUAUUAGUCUUUGUUGUUGCUAGAACAUCCGAUGCCAAAUCAAUGAUAGAGAUAGCAGAUGAAGCGAGAAUAAGAAGAGACGUUUUAUAUUUAGAUAUAUUUGAAGAUUUUUACUUGCUAACUAAAAAGGUAAUUGUAGGACUAACGUGGGCAAAAAAUUACGUCAAGUUUAAAGCUCUUUUAAAAGGUGACGAUGAUACGUUUGUUAACAUAGACAACGUAAUACAGUUUAUCAAUGUUAACGAUAUAAUAGACGGAUAUUUUGGUAAUAAGAUAUACAAAGCAAAAGUGAGAAAAUUUGGUCGAUAUCAAGUAAGUAAAGAAGAGUUUAAAAAAGAUAUUUACGAGACGUACUGUUCUGGAGGAGGCUUUAUAUUAACAAACUCUAGUGUUUAUAAGAUGACAAAGCUGUUUGAUAUAAACAAAAUAUUAAGAAUAGAUGACGCAUAUGUGGGAGAAAUUGCAUAUCAAGCAGAAAUACCGGUACGUGGAAUCAAGGGCUUUUAUAUGUACAACAACAACUGUAAAUAUCAAAAAGAUGUCAUGGUUUCACAUCCGGCUCUUAUUAUUGCAUGUAACGAAUUUCUACUUAAAAAAUCUAUGAUUGACAACGGCAAGCUUCCAUGGGAUUUGACGUUAGAAAAACAAUCGUGUUAUGAUGAAAAAGUUAUAUGUAAAAUAGAAAUAACUAAGUGAAUAAAAUAAAUAAGUGAACCAAAUUUUGGCUUCACAAGUUUAAA